GUAAGGCUUCAGUUAUGGGCGUGGCAACGCGGUGGAGAACAUUCUCGGAGAGACGGUGAUCGGAGAAGAGAGAGAGGAUGGGAACGAGAGAAGUAUACGAAGAGAAGCUUCGGCGUGGGAAUCUUGAUUAUGAUCCGACUAUGAAUCCUGGUCUUGGUUCAGCUCGAUGUCCUCGUUGCCUUUCUCUCUUAAACCCUAAUUCAGAGAAAGGAGAGUGGAUGGUUACUCCAGUUUUGCACGAUGCUGCUGCAGUGGCUGGUUCUGGUAUUGGUGGAUUGCUUAGUGCCGUCCAUGCUUUCAAUACAGGGAUCCCCUAUCUUCAAAAUCGGUUUCCAGGGUCAAAGCGGCUCUCUUUUCUUGUGGGGGUUCCAUUGCUGCUAGUAUAUUCAGGUGUAGGAGCUGCGUUUGGAGGUUAUGCACUUCCGAAGUUUGCACAGCUGACAGUCACCUCGUAUUAUGCAUCUUCAAGUGCUUCACAUUAUGGAAUUUCUAUGCUCACCCGCCGUAUCGAAGAAGCUCAUCUCUCUCGAACUCAAAAAGAAGAGGUAAAUUGAAGUCAUGCACAGAUAUAAACGAAAAUCUUUCCCACUCCUCUGGCUAAAGCAGCUUAUUUCAGUAUCUCUUCUUCUAUUUGGUUUUCUUUUCAAGUCACAUUCUUGAGAACCACAUCUAUAAUGUUAAUUCUUCAACAUAGUUAUACCAAAUAUAAUGUCUUUUAGUUCCUCUCCAUCUUCACGUUUUGGUUUUGUUUGCCAUCUUCAAAACUGCUUCUAUACCCUGUACAUUGCUACUAAUGCCAUGGUAUUUGAUUCUUAACGGUGUUGUAUAAAGAUACUCUUAUCAUCUAUACAAUAUCAUCCUGGUCAUA